UUAAUAAGAAUGGAAGCUGAGAACUCCUCCGUGACAGAGUUUAUCCUCGCAGGCUUAACCAACCAGCCGGGACUCCAGCUCCCUCUCUUCUUCCUGUUUCUAGGUUUCUAUGUGGUCACGGUGGUGGGGAACCUGGGCCUGAUAACCCUAAUUGGGCUGAAUUCUCACCUACACACCCCCAUGUACUUUUUCCUCUUUAACUUGUCCUUCAUAGAUUUCUGCUAUUCCACUGUUAUCACACCCAAGAUGCUGAUGAGUUUUGUCUUGAGGAAGAACAUCAUCUCCUACGCAGGGUGUAUGACUCAGCUCUUCUUCUUUCUUUUCUUUGUUGUCUCUGAGUCCUUCAUCCUGUCAGCAAUGGCAUAUGACCGCUACGCUGCCAUCUGUAACCCACUGGUGUACAUGGCCACCAUGUCUCCUCAGGUCUGCUUACUCCUUCUGCUGGGUGUCUAUGUGAUGGGAUUUGCUGGGGCCAUGGCUCACACAGCAUGCAUGGUGAGACUGACCUUCUGCAGCAAAAAUCUGGUUAACCACUACAUGUGUGACAUCCUUCCCCUUCUUGAGCGCUCUUGCACCAGUACCUAUGUAAAUGAGCUGGUCGUUUUUGUUGUUGUGGGCAUUGAUAUUGGUGUGCCCACAGUUACCAUCUUCAUUUCUUAUGCCCUCAUCCUUUCCAGCAUCCUCCGUAUUCAUUCUACCAAAGGCAGGUCCAAAGCCUUUAGCACCUGCAGCUCCCACAUAAUUGCAGUGUCUCUCUUCUUUGGGUCAGGGGCAUUUAUGUACCUCAAACCAUCCUCUCUUUUACCUAUGAAUCAGGGGAAAGUGUCCUCAUUGUUCUAUACCAUCGUUGUGCCCAUGCUCAACCCGCUAAUCUAUAGCUUGAGGAAUAAGGAUGUCAAAGUUGCUCUGAAGAAAACAUUAAGGAAAAAACCAUUCUCUUGA